CCAACCGCCACUCCAGCCUCUCACCAUGCCUACAGACAUGAGCAUGUGGGCCGGGUCGCUGAGCCUCCAGGAUGUAGACGAGCAGCCCCAGCACCUACUGCGGGUCACCUACGCCGCUGGGGCGGAGGUGGGUGAGCUGGGCCAAGUGCUGACACCCACCCAGGUUAAGCACAGACCCAGCAGCAUUUCAUGGGACGGCCUUGACCCAGGGAAACUCUACACCUUGAUCCUCACAGACCCGGAUGCUCCCAGUAGGAAGGAACCCGUGUACAGGGAAUGGCACCAUUUUCUGGUGGUCAACAUGAAAGGCAACGACAUCAGCAGUGGGAAGGUCCUCUCGGAUUAUGUGGGUUCCGGACCUCCCAAGGGCACUGGCCUCCAUCGCUAUGUCUGGCUAGUGUACCAGCAGGACAAGCCACUGAGAUGUGACGAACCCAUCCUCACCAACCGGUCUGGAGAUCAUCGUGGGAAGUUCAAAACUGUAGCCUUCCGCAAGAAGUAUCACCUGGGAGCCCCGGUGGCUGGCACGUGUUACCAGGCCGAAUGGGACAGCUAUGUACCAAAGCUGUACAAACAGCUGUCUGGGAAAUAGGAGGAUCACUCGAUGUUCAUGGCCACCCCUGCCAUAUUAUUUAUGGGGUUCAACAAUGCGUGGCAUGUCUUUCCUUUUCCCAUUCCCACCUGCAUAAGGGAUUCUUGAGCUGUUGUAGGGCCGUAGUUUAAGAUGACUUUUUCUCAUCCUAAAGAUUCCAAAUAGUUGCACCCAGUUGGUUUUGAUCAAAUUUAAGAUCCAUAGGGUGGAGAUCUGGCACUGUGCUGGGCUCGUUAUAUUGUUAAUAAAAGAACAGUAACUCUGAAAGUAAAGAAGGCAAAAUCCAAGUGAAAAGAC